AUGGUUGGUUUUGGAAUGGCCUACAGCAGUGACAAGCAUACAAUCUACAUAGUAGCCCAAUACCAUCCACAGGGCAAUUGGGAACACAGAGUCGUGGAGAACGUUCCGGAACCACUAGCCUGGAAGACUGCCGCCAAAGAGUCAAACCUCGGCAAAGCACUACAAGGCGGAGAGAAAGGCCGUCCUGACGGUUUCAGAGGCAGAUUCAAAACCAUUGAAUUACAGUCCCUCGUGAAGGAUGGAUGA